AUGGUGUCCGCAACUCCGAUGCCAACUCUUUCUCUGGCACCGCCACCACCACCACCUGCCUCUUCAGGGGGUGCGACUGGUGCCCCAGCUGCCAUGAUGAUGUACCCGGGAAUCUACAAUCCAACGGUAUUCGCUGUGGCUCCUGACACGAUGGUGACUACCACCUUCCAACCUGAUACGAGCACGGUAUCGGCAGCAGCAGGGACGGUUACAAUGCCAACACCUGCUGUAGCUCUCACCACAACUGUGGGGACCACCGGUGGCGUUGCUAUCUCUACCGAUGUUGUAACAGAGACUUCGGUCACAUCCACCACUCCUGCAAACGCCGGCGCCGCCAAUUCCAGUUCCACUUCUGCCCCAGAGACGCCUAAAAAGGAAAGGGUUGAGGAGGCCACUUCAGCUGAAACUGAUGUCUGUUGUCGCUGUCAUCAAAAGGCGUCGGAGAACGGGAAUGACAAAUUCCUAGUCUGCGGUGAUUGUGGACUAAAAGCUCAUCUCUUAUCUCAGGGACGAAGGAAACUUCAGGCACCAGGGCCUUCAACUGAUGGGCUAGUUGGCUACUUUCACCCAGAGAGUAGUCCAGCUGAAGAGUGCCUCUGGAGUGCGAAUUUUUUUGGUCAUUCCUCAGUCUCCCAACUGACCUACACGCUGGUCUAUCUGUUGGGGAAGAUUUUGUGUAUCCGAUCUGGCGCGGAACUGCGAGCGAUGCAUCUGUGGAACACCCUGAAGUUGUUUCCUAUGCAUAAACUUCCACAACACAAUCAGAAGGUUGUCAUGGAGUACGAGUUGCACUACACUUUACCGCCUGAUCCUCCCAUACCUCCUCCAGCGUUGUACGAGAACAGCAAAAGACUCCUCUCACUCAGCGAACGUGCUGGGGGCAACCGGUUUCUAGUUAUUUUGGAUCAUAUCCUCGUCAAAACACAGAAGGGGUUCGUGAUUAAGCACAGUGUUAAAAAUAACCACCAAAGGUGUUUAGUCUGUCUGCACGCCUUGCUGUUGCAAAAACGAAGCUGCUCAAAACGCUCCCUAAGGGUGGAUAACUACUUCCUCUCAUGGAUGGACAGUUCACCUUCGGCAAGGUUUCUCACCGAUCCACUCAGUGAUGUAGCUCUCAGCACAAUUGUUUACGACAUUCGGGUGGUUUUAACGAGCCUUCAGCAGUAUUUGCAGCGUGGACCUGUUCCUCUAGAGACCAAUUUGUGGAGCAUCUUUGCCCAGGGUCAACAAUUUGCGGGGUCCCCAUCACAACAGAGUAGACCGGUACUAGCUGGGCAUGGGGAGGAGUGUAGCGUCCCGUUGGAUCUCAGUGUUCGGGGCCGAGCCCAUCCCAAAUGCCUCGACUUUUGGCCAGAAGUUACUCGGCGUGCAAGACACGGCGUUUGGCAAUGUGCUGACUGCAAAUCCUGCAGUGUCUGCAAAAACAAGGAAGCAGAGAAUGUGAUCUUGAUAUGCGAAGCAUGUGACAAGGGCUUCCAUGGCAAUUGCCACAGUCCAGUUGUGCCAGAGAAGAGUGCAAAUCAAACGACUCCGUGGGUUUGCUCUGGAUGUCAGGCUGAAGGCUACUGUGUCCACGUUGGAAAUGUCUCCAGCUCUGCUCCAGUGUCUACACCAUCUUCGGCUGAUUUGGGAGUAUCUUCCCUAGCCAUUUCAACGUCGGAAGGUGUUAUGAGCACGUCUUCGAUGAAUUCCAAGCCAAAUCAGCCUUCCACUACAGCAAUGAUGACGACCACAGCUGGUUCUGUGGAUCCCUUGUUAGCUGAACCGACUGGAGUUACUGUCCCAGAGAACUCGAAUGUACCCAUACCGAUAAAGGAGUCCGAAACAAAGGCGUCCGCCAAGCCAGUCUCUACUCUCACUACUGCAGAUCUUCCAGGACCCCUACCGAUGGAAGAAGGGGAGAAAAACGGGGAGGAGAGGGAGGAUGCAGAGGAGGAUGAUAGUAUGCCACCCAAUUUGGGCACACCGCAUCAUGACCCACCUGCGUCUGAGAUGCCUCUUCUCCAAACAGACAGUGGUCGUCCGGAAGAUGUUCGUCUCUGGACGGUAGACCACGUAGCUGACUGGCUGCGUGAACAGGGAGGCUUUGAGAAGGAAGCGGAGGCGUUCCGACAUCAGGACAUUGACGGCACCUCUCUGCUGCUACUGAAGAGUAUGAGUCUUCUCACCGCUCCUUCAGGCUCGAGUGGAGUCGAGGAGUGUUGGAUGACUGACGUCAAUGACAAUGAUGAUGAUCCUGGUGUGUCAAAUCUGACUUGCCAUGCUGUUAGAGCCGUACAACCGGCAAAAAAUCCACCUCAGUGCCCGUACGCAUAA